AGCCGAGUUGCAUCAAUUCUUUUACACCUGGCAGUUGGCACUAGCAUAUAAACCUUGGAUUAGCUUUAAGGCUCCGAAUUGUUGCGCAACUAAAACACAGAACCAGAAAGAAGUAAACGAAGGAAGAAAUAAAGAUUGGGCGGCUGUAAAGAGCCAAUUGAAUUUGGGGAAACGUCUUAGCUCUUGCAAUCCGUGAAAGAAUGUCGGUUCGUUUGAUGAAAAAAAUCUUGAAAGAAAAGGAACAACCAGCUGAGCCUCAACAACUCAUCAACAACAACGAAGAAUCUGAAUCUGAAUCGCCUCCUCAUUCUUCCGCUACCUUUCGGAAUCCAUUCGAUCUCCUUGACGACGAAGACGAUGCUGUUGACGACCAGGAAAACAAGGCAGAUAACGAUGAUGGAUCCCCAAUCCAUAAUAGCGAUGAGAAGCAGUCCUUCACCACGAAAGCCACUCCUGAAGCAUUUGUGUUGUCAGAUAGCAAAUUAAAGAAAAAGAAAAAGAAGAAAAACAAGGAGAAGUCACAACCAAGAGUGGAGGAUAAUGAGAACUCUUGGAACGAGUCAUUAGAACAACUAUCAAUUAAAGAUGAUUCUUCUCAUCUUGAGCAUGUUGCUCACGAUCCUGGAAAAUCUAAUACGACAAAUUUAAAUGGCAGAGGAAAAGUGGUCAAGCGGUGUACAUCUUCCGUCUUACAAGUAGACCCGAAAUUUCUUAAUGCAGAAAACGAACUAAAAAGGAUAUUUGGUUCUAGAGUGGUAAAUUCGUUUGAAAAAAGUCAUCAAACUGGAAGUUCUAGACAACCAAGAGGCGGAAGACGUGGGAGCCAGAACCACCGGAAGACUAUUAUUGUUUCUCCUUUAGAACAUUGGCCAAGGUGGGAUGGAUCACUAUCGAUGGAGCUUGUGGAAACCAGAGAUGGGAUCUGUUAUUUUAGGUAUGUACAUACAUCAUCCUACAGCCAAGCCCAGGAAGCAUUUGAAAGUGCUAAGGCAGUUCAUGAUUUUAAUGGUAUCGUGAAUAUUCUAUUGCAUCAUCCAUAUCAUGUUGAGUCACUCAUUACAUUAGCUGAAUAUUAUAAAUUCAGUGGUGAACAUCAAAUGUCGGCUGAUUGUACUGCAAGAUGUCUGUAUGCAUUGGAAUGUGCAUGGCAUCCACUGUUCACUCCUUUGAUGGGCAAUUGUCAUCUUAAGUAUAGUUGUGAAACCAACAAGCCAUUGUUUACCGUGCUUUUCUCCCACAUGAAAAACAUGGAUAGACGUGGCUGCCAUCGGUCUGCUCUUGAGCUUUGCAAAUUAUUGCUUCUACUAGAUUCAGACGAUCCAAUGGGAGUCUUGUUCUGCAUUGACUACUAUUCUUUAAGAGCGGAGGAGUAUACAUGGCUUGAACAGUUCUCUGAGCAAUAUAAGAGUGAUAAUUCUUUGUGGUUAUUUCCAAAUUACUCCUAUUCUCUUGCCGUGUGCCGUUACUAUGUUGAAAAUGAGGAACAUGCUAAAGAUAUAACGACAGAUAAUUUAAAAGCUUCUGCAACAGAUAUCAUGAAGCAGGCAUUGAUGUUACAUCCUUCAGUCUUGAAAAAGCUAGUGUCGAAGGUACCGUUGAAGGAUAAAGCCUGGACUAGCAUAAUCAAGCACAAGUUCUUUAGCUCUGAUCAAACAGGAACACCUUCCUUGGAUCACUUGAUCAAUAUAUAUGUUGAAAGGAGCUACCUUAUAUGGAGGCUUCCUGAUCUCCAGAAGUUUGUUAGGGAUUCUGCACUUUCAGUAAUUGAGACACUGCAGAAUGACGGAAAUGAUGCCGGAGACUGGAUGUGUGUGCGAAAAGAAGCUUUUUCAUCUGAGAAAAAUGAGUAUUCUCACUUGCUGGUAUCAGAUUUCUCUGAUUCAGUUCCGACUUUGCCUCCUGAUAACCUGCAAAACUUCAUGGUUGACCCGAGGAGAGAGGUGCCAAAUGAUGCACAACCUGCAAACAACCGUGUCCAAGAUUUGUCUGAUCGAAAUGCAAUUGCUGUCUUGCUCGAGUCUAUGUUACCGUGGAUUAAUUAUGGUUCUGGCCAUGACCAGCUUGAUCAUGAUGAGCAGGCUAAUGAUGGAUAGGUUUCUUUUAGUGAGGUAUUACUUUCUUCCAAAUUGGUACCUGCAUUGCUUUGUAAGGUUAGAUAUCUUUCAGUUCUAACUUCUGUAAUGAUAUACAGUUACUUUUUCCUUGUUACACCAAAGAGUAAUUUAGGUGCAAGUUCUGUAUAUAGUUGAAUUCCCUCCUUUCCCCUAGUUGUCCGAUGCUUCGAGUAUUUUAAAGGAAGAACUUGAGUAUUGCUUGAGCUCUAUAAUGACAUGAAAGGUUUUGGUGUUAAAAGGGAAAUCUCCAGCUUUGGUUCUUACAAGAGCUGUGUGCACAUAUGCUAGAUAUGGAAUGAGGAGUCCACUUAAAGAAGCAAAAAAGCAUUUGAAAAUGGAAAUGGAGGUUAAAAUGAGAUAUCGACAGGUUUGGAGAUUUCUAUUGGAGGAUGGUAUAGGGUCACAAAGUUAUGCUAAUGUUCUUAAAUUAUGUGUUAAUUGCACCAGCUACUUACAAAUACAUACAUAUAUAUCUUGUCUUGUUUCA